AUGGCUCCAGCAAGGAAACAGUCGAGUCUGCCAGCUGGCUACAAGGAGGACCACUCCAAGGGCCCUAUGCUGCGCUUCGAGGAAUCUCUCCCCCGCCUUCCCGUCCCCACGCUAGAAGAGACCGCCAAGCGGUACCUCAAGUCCGUUCACCCGCUUCUUUCCCAGAGCGAAUACGAAGCGACCACAAAGGCUGUCAAUGAAUUCGUAGCCCCCGGCGGGCCCGGUGAGAAGCUGCAAGAGCGCCUGGUAGCACGGCGCGAGGACCCAAAGCAUAAGAACUGGAUUUACGAGUGGUGGAAUGAGGCCGCUUACAUGGCCUACCGUGAUCCAGUUGUCCCAUAUGUCAGCUACUUUUACUCACACCGCGACGACAAGUCGAGGAGAAACCCGACCAAGCGCGCUGCCGCCAUGACCACCGCCGUGCUGGAAUUCAAGAAGAUGGUCGACGAGGGCACUCUGGAGCCCGAGUACAUGAAGAAGCUUCCCAUUGCCAUGAGCUCCUACGAGCACAUGUUCAACUGCUGCCGUGUGCCAAAGAAACCGGCGGACACAACCGUCAAGUUCCCAUACCAGGAACACAAGCACAUCAUCGUCAUUAGGAAAAAUCAGUUCUGGAAGCUUGCACACGAGGUCAAUGGCAAGCAGCUAAACACUGCUGAGCUCCAAAAACAGUUCGACUACAUUUACUCAAAGGCCGAGAAGUCGCCCGCCGUUGGUGCCCUCACAUCGCAGAACCGUGAUGUGUGGUCAGACGUCUACCCUAAGCUCAAGGCCCAUUCGCCCGUCAAUGCCGCUACUUUGGAAGAAAUUGAGUCUGCUUCGUUUGUCGUCUGCCUUGACGACGCUUCCCCAGUUACUCUCGAAGAGCGUGCACACCAGUACUGGCAUGGCGACGGCGCCAACCGCUGGUACGACAAGCCCCUCCAAUUCAUCAUCAACGAGAACGGCACCUCUGGCUUCAUGGGCGAGCACUCAAUGAUGGACGGAACCCCCACCCACCGCCUCAACGACUACGCAAACCAGCAAAUCUUCUCAAACGCUCUUCCCUUUGACGACCCCAACAUCCGCUCCGACCUCCCCAGCCCCAAGCCUCUGCGCUUCGAGCUCAGCAGGGAGCUCCAGCAAGACAUUGUAGACGCACAAUCCCACUUCUCGCGUCAAAUCGGCGCACACGAGUUGAGGGUGCAGGCCUACCAAGGCUACGGCAAGGGCCUCAUCAAGAAGUUCAAGUGCAGCCCAGACGCCUACGUCCAAAUGAUCAUCCAACUCGCAUACCACAAGUUCUACGGCAAGAACCGUCCCACAUACGAGUCGGCAGCAACCCGGCGCUUCCAGCAAGGCCGCACAGAGACGUGCCGCUCCGUCUCGGACGAGAGCGUCGCCUUCUGCAACGCCAUGGCAGAUCCAAACGCCACGCCCGAAGAGUGCCAGCAGAAGCUGCGUGCAGCCCUCGACGCCCACGUCAAGUACAUUUCCGACGCCAGCGACGGACGCGGUGUCGACCGCCACCUGUUUGGCCUCAAGAAGUGCCUCAAGGAGGGCGAGGAGCUACCGGCUCUGUACAAGGACCCUGCCUUUACCUAUAGCUCCACCUGGUACAUUUCCAGCUCGCAGCUGUCGAGCGAGUACUUUAACGGAUACGGAUGGAGCCAGGUCAUUGACGAUGGAUGGGGUCUUGCCUAUAUGAUCAACGAGAACUCGAUUCAGUUCAACGUUUGCUCAAAGGGACUUGGUUCGGAGAAGAUGAGCUUCUAUCUCAACGAGGCGGCAGGCGACAUGAGGGAUAUCAUGAUGCCCACACUCGAGAAGGCAAAGGCAAAGUUGUAG